AUGUCCCCCGAAACUGGAGUACAAGGACAGCGGACUGCCCCGACCCCUGCUGGGAAUGGAAUAUCAGAGCCAGGGAAAGCUGCGCCAGCGAAGAGGACAUUUGACGAGGAUGUACAGUUCAUAUCAUCAAAUCCCGUGAAGAAGAGGAGAGCCUCAGGGCAGGGUCCAGAGCAUCCGAUCAACAAUGUUCAGCCAGUUCAACCACCAUGUUCUUCGGUUCAGGCCAAUGUUGCGGCCACUUGCCAAGCCCCAAGCACCGAUCGGAGUAUCAGUACAGGAAUGACUGGAUUGUCGUCCUAUCCCACAGCUGAGGGGGCCUAUGACAACAGGGGAGCAUCGGUGCCUGCCCUGGAGAACUUUGCCUUCCCCAAGUCGUUCCCCCCGACAUAUGUUCGGCCGCCGCGGGUGUCUGAAGCAGUAUCUCCCAAACAGUUACCCGAAACCCUAGCUCCUCAUCUUCUGGCGGCUGGUGGCUGCCAAACGGCACCAAUGCCUCCCCUGCCGACUGUGGCGCUUGAUCAGAUCUCAUGUCUGGAUGUCAAGGGUCCUUCAAAUCAUGCGGCCAUGGACAUGGCCAGUUUCAACCCCUCAGUUGUACAGCCUCUCGCCCAGUCAGGUUACAUGCAACUGAACCCUCACACUGCCAUGCCAUUCGCCAUGUAUUCGAUGGGUAAUCUGGCUUCGGCCGGACCACCUCCAAGGACGGACGGCGCCAUGCAAAUAAAUAAUUCAAGAGACCCGAAAGCUGCUCCCACCCCUGAAGCAUCCAAGUCGCCUCCAGUACAAGCCCCGAUAGCUCACGGACCGCAGCAGAUGGCACCGCACAAACCACCCUAUAUGCAUAACACACCUCCACCGUCCAGAUCUCCAACUCCAGGCAUAGCAAGCGGCGUAGCGACGUACGUCAUGUCCCCACAAGGUCAUCCCCAUCCAGCGUUAAUCGGAAGACCGCCUGCAAACCACCCAGUGUGCCAUCCCAGCUCGAUGUGUCCGAAGCCAAACGUCAUCCCUCCGAUGCCGCCGACAUCCAACCCACCCACAAGCCGCUCCGGGACACCCGUUCCACCAACCUCAUCGGCAAGCCCCCCAGCGGCCACGACAACGGCGGCGGCGGCGGCGGAACCACCUCUGGCAAAGCAGCCGACACCAGCAGCAGCGACGCCGCCACCUCCCGCGUCCCCCACGGCGCUCGCCAGGCGGAAACACGCGCAGAACCUGCUGGUCGACGUGGCCGAGACGGUGGGGGAGAUAUUCCCCUUCGAGGAGGUGGCGCGGCGCCACGGGGUGCUGCCGCGCAAGGUCGUCGAGGCGCUCGCGGCCGUGGUGCAGGUGCCGCUGCUGCGGUGCGCGACUGACAAGCGGCGGGCCGGGAAGCUGGGUGGCGAGCGCAUGAGGGAGUAUAGGGAGGCUAGGAAGAUGUGGAUGGCUAGGAAGGCUGAGGCGGGGAGGGCGGGGAGGGCGGCGGCGGCUGGUGAGGGUGGCUCUCGCGGGAGAGACGAUGACGUUGUUGCGGUUGGUGCUGGUGCUGGUGCUGCUGAGAGGAAAGCUCAGGGGAAGGAUAGGAAGGAGGCUGGCGUGCCGGCGCCGGCUCCGGCUGCGUUGCAACUGGCUGACAUGUUGCCGCCGACUGAGUUGCCGUCGCCUCUGGCGACCGAGACUUUCACGGGGCCUUGGUAA